UCAUUCCCAAUUUCUUUCAUUGAGGUUAUUGUCUACGUAUGUAUGAGGACUGUGGUAGCAUAAAUAAACCACUGAAAAUUAUGUUGUUCACAUUUUAUGCAAAGCUGUUGUUGUUUACAGUUUAUGCAAAGGCAUUGUUCUUUACUUUUUGACAGAAAAUUCCAAUUUGGUAGCAUAAAUAAUUCUCCCAAUUCGUCUGAGGUCUGAUAUCUCCAAGCUUUUGUAAUGGCUAGCUAAAAUGUCUAAUUUGGAAACUGUAUUUGUUAUAGCUUCUGUUGUCGUUUCAAAAAAUAGCUUCUGUUCUUUAUAUCUUGUUGAGUAGUGAUCACAACCUUAUGACCUGCCACUGCCGACCGGACCUCAAUGCCACCCUAGGAUCUGCACCGCCGUCGCCCAGUCGUUCACCCGCCUGCCGGCCCACUGCCAGCCAUCUGGACACCGACCCGUCGUUGAGCCCCCCUUGACCGCCCUAGAAUACACUCCACCUGAAGCUGCACCGAGAAUGCAUACCUUGACUCCAUGGAUAGAAGUGUAAGUGUGAGGCAGCUGUUUACUCAUGUCCAUCUUUCGCUUCAUUCUCCCGACAAUAGAAAGAAGUAGGGGCUGGAGAUGCUUUGCUACUGGAAUCCCUUCUGAUUCUAUAGCAGAGCUGAAUAAGGAAAUGGAGUCAAUAUUUGGCGAAUCUCCUUCAGCCAGCCCUUUGGGCUCAAAUCCUCCUCAGCAACCAGUCCAGCCCACCCCUGCAGCCAGAGAGACACAACCAGUGCUUACUCAUGUUGAUUGCAGUGGCCAGGCAAAGAUGGUUGAUGUCUCACCCAAACAUGACAGUGAGAGAGUAGCUAUAGCCAGCUGCAGGGUCUUGCUAGGCCAGAAGGCAUUUAACUUGGUGGCGUCAAACCAGAUUGCCAAAGGCGAUGUACUUACUGUUGCAAAGAUAGCUGGAAUAACUGGUGCGAAGCAAACUAGUAACCUCAUACCCCUGUGCCACAACAUUAAUAUCUCCCAUGUUCGUGUUGAUCUCACUCUCAAUGAAGAGGACUCUAGUGUUGUCAUAGAAGGGGAAGCCACCACUUGCGGGAAGACAGGGGUUGAAAUGGAAGCAAUGGCUGCAGUGACCAUUGCCGGACUGACGGUUUAUGACAUGUGCAAAGCAGCUUCAAAGGACAUAUGUAUAACAGAUAUCUGUCUCCAGCACAAAUCGGGGGGAAAGAGUGGAAACUGGUCCAAGAAUUAGAAGCUUCAGUUGCUUUUCUGAGGAUAUGAAUGCAGGCCUGAAUUCUUACACCAGAAGGUUUUGAUUUGCUUUAAAUUUGUGCACACUAGAUGUUAAAUCAUUGAGCCAUCAGAGAAGGUUAUUUUGAA